GUGUUGUCCAUGCUAUCCUGGAACUUGCUGAUGGCACAACUGCACUAUUUAGGAAGGCAACGGCGGAGACGUGACUUCCUGCUUCCUUACAAGUGAAAGGACUAGCUAGCCAUUUGUUUUUGUUCCCCCUAGCAAUUAAAUGUGCAUUCCAGGUUUGGGGAUUUAGUUCAGUGGUAGAGCGCUUGCCAAAGGCCCUGGGUUUGGUCCUCAGCUCCGGAAAAAGAAAAAAAAAUGUGGAAAGAAAGAGUAAGCACAAAGCUAUUAGUUUCGCCUCCAAACAAAAGUCAAACUUCCUAAAGCAUUGGAAGGUGGGUCAUUCAUUUCUAUAGACUACUUGGGAGCUGCCCCGGGGACAAGGUUAGUCAAUUUACCCUUACAAUCAUUCAGUUUUACCAGAAGUGCCAUUUGUGCCUCAAAUCGUUAUCACUGCUCCCUUCUUUCCUGGGACUUUUCACAAUUCCAGGCUGUGACUACUUUAUGGUCAUAGAAAGCAGCUGUUCAACAGAUCCCUGUUGACGCUUUGUGACUUUCCCUAGGGAGACAUGUAGAAGCGUCUUCUCCAGCUAGGGCAAACAGACACUAGAGAACAUCGAGGGGAGCCUCCUACUCCCCACACUUCUCAAAACCUAUUUAGGGACGCUCCCUCCACCUUCUUGCCCUUAAGAAUCCGUUGGCUUCAUUCAAACGCGCCGCCUUUGCCACCACCCAAUCAGAACGUCCGAUCUUCAGCUACCGACCAAUGAACGAGUGCAAUAGGCAAGGGGGGAAAAAGUAGGCAUGAAGCCAUCUCGCCGCGCCAUCACACUUGAGGGCAGGGAGGUUAAGAAGCCGGCAUGGCGCUCGGGUCAAUAAAAUCGAUAGCUGGAGGCCGCCUGUGUUCCAGGCAGCGGCGGCGCAGGAGCAGCGCCGCCAUCUUCCCCGAAGGCAUCUUCCGGUGCCUCUCACCCAAGUUGCAGCGCGGGUUUCCUGAAUAGCGGUGUGGUCUGCGGCGGGCCGCUGUCCUCCGGGCCUUCCCGGCCGGGCUCCUAGGUCCGAUGGCGCCACCCUCGGCUCCGCUCCCCGCGCGGGCACCCGGAGAGGCCGGACCUCCUCGGAGGAGGAGGGGCAGGAGGCCAAGGGCCUUGAAGUUCGCGGACGUGGCCGUGUACUUCUCCCCGGAGGAGUGGGGCUGCCUGCGGCCCGCGCAGAGGCUGCUGUACCGGGAGGUGAUGCGCGAGACCUACGGCCUCCUGGGCGCGCUCGGAUGUGCAGGUCCCACACCAGCUCUCAUCUCCUGGCUGGAAAGAAAUACCGAUGACUGGGAACCGGCCGCCCUAGAUCCGCAGGAGUACCGGAGAUGGGCGACCUUCCAGAGAAAAACCCGAACCAGAAAGAAGAAUGAGGAGAAGGAAGUGUUCCCACCUAAGGAGGCCCCCCGAAAGGGGAAGCGAGGGCGGAAGCCCAGCAAACCGCGCUUGGUUCCCAGGCAGACAUCCGGAGGCCCUAUCUGCCCCGACUGUGGCUGUACCUUCCCUGACCACCCCGCCCUGGAGAGCCACAAAUGCGCCCAGAAUCUGAAGAAGCCCUACCCUUGCCCGGACUGCGGGCGCCGCUUUUCCUACCCGUCCCUGUUGGUGAGUCACCGGCGGGCCCACUCUGGCGAGUGCCCUUACGUUUGUGACCAGUGUGGCAAACGUUUUUCCCAGCGGAAGAACCUGUCCCAGCACCAGGUCAUACACACGGGCGAGAAGCCCUACCACUGCCCUGACUGCGGCCGCUGCUUUCGACGGAGCCGGUCCCUGGCCAAUCACCGGACCACACAUACGGGUGAGAAACCUCAUCAGUGCCCUAGCUGCGGGCGUCGCUUCGCCUACCCAUCCCUGCUCGCCAUCCACCAGCGGACACACACGGGAGAGAAGCCCUACACCUGCCUCGAGUGCGGCCGCCGCUUCCGCCAGCGCACUGCCCUGGUCAUCCACCAGCGCAUCCACACAGGGGAGAAGCCUUACCCCUGUCCUGACUGCGAGCGCCGGUUCUCCUCCUCCUCCCGCCUGGUCAGCCACCGGCGCGUGCACUCUGGGGAGCGGCCCUACGCCUGCGAGCACUGUGAGGGCCGCUUCUCCCAGCGCAGCACGCUGCUCCAGCACCAGCUCCUGCACACGGGCGAGAAGCCCUACCCGUGCCCGGACUGCGGCCGUGCCUUUCGGAGGAGCGGCUCCCUGGCCAUCCACCGCAGCACCCACACGGAGGAGAAGCUGCAUGCCUGCGAGGACUGCGGCCGCCGCUUUGCCUACCCCUCGCUGCUGGCCAGCCACCGGCGCGUGCACUCGGGCGAGCGGCCCUAUGCCUGUGACCUGUGCUCCAAACGCUUUGCCCAGUGGAGCCAUCUGGCUCAGCACCAGCUUCUGCACACCGGGGAGAAGCCGUUCCCCUGCCUCGAGUGUGGCCGGUGCUUCCGGCAGAGGUGGUCUCUCGCUGUCCACAAGUGCAGCAGCCCGCACAUCCCCAAUGGCAGCCCUAGACCUGUUCUAGCAGGGCCUGGCCAGAGGAGGAGUGUGCCCUUUAGCGUGACGAAGACUGUGGGAGGUCACUUAUGCAGGGGUUCGGAGGUCAUACAGAGCGGGAAGAGCUAAAGCCCUGGUCCCCGCCCGGCUCCACGUCCGGAACUCCAGUGUUAUUCCACCACACUGGCUGCCUUACAGCAUGUCUAGAACAGUUCCCAGGAGAGGUGACACCAUUUGAUUAAAGUUUUCCAAGCUAACCCAUCUUAAAAUACUGUGGGUGUCUUCCCCCAGCCUCUCAGAGCUGCCUUCUUAGUUCAUGUGUAUAGGUCACAGUCAGGCAGGAGAACCGCGUUUGUAGAGGGCAGAAUCUCCCCUGCUGUCUGUUUCCAUGUCCUGUGAAAAGUCACCCCUGCCAAGUGAUCGGUCAUUGCUGAAAACUGACUGGAGUUCACUACCUCACGUGGCAGGUCAUUUCCUUGUGAUGGUGCUAAUUUUUAGAAGGCUAUAUACUGCAUUCUCCUUUGAAAACUUGGCCUAGAAUAUGUUUAGUGCUUUAUCCACAUGGUGGCUCUUCAGAAAACCUAAUCACAAGUA